GCUCCUAAGAGGGGUCCUUCAAUCUGUUGAAGGUUUCUCCCCAACACCAAUGUCUCCGGCUGAUUCGAUUCGAUUUGAUUUAAUUUUUAUUUCUCGCGUGGCUAGCUGGAUUAAUGCGACUCGUUCUCUCGGUGUUCUGAACCCGACAUCUUUUGCUCUUUCUGGUUCGAGGACGUUUCCAAUUAACAUUUCGGUAAAACAAUAAAAUGAAUUGUUUUCCUUGUUUCUCCUCACAAAAGACCAAGGAGAGCACAAGCCAAAAGGACCAUGAUAGUCCUCACCAAUACAACAUCGAGACACCCCCACCUCCUCCUACAACUGCCCCGGCUGACUAUGACAACAAUAGCUCGAUCAAAGCAUUCAACUUCCGUGAGUUAGCCUCAGCCACCAAGAAUUUCAAGCAAGAAAGUUUACUGGGUGAAGGUAGUCUCGGCAAAGUUUACAAGGGAACUAUUCAGGGCCAGGAUGUUGCUGUGAAACAACUUGAUAGGAAUGCAAUGGAAGGGAGCAGUGAGUUCUUUGUGGAAGUUGGGCAGCUGGGUUUACUACAGCAUGCGAAUUUGGUCAGUCUUGUCGGAUAUUGUGCUGAUGGGGACCAGAGGCUUUUGGUUUAUGAGUUCAUGCCAGGGGGGUCCUUACAAGAUCAUCUCCAUGGUACAUCAGGAGAUAAGCAGCGAUUGGAUUGGGUGACAAGAAUGAAAAUAGCACACGGGACAGCUCUAGGGCUACAAUACUUGCAUGAGAAGGCAAAGCCUCCUGUAAUAUACCGUGACCUCAAGUCCUCAAAGGUUCUUCUGGACGACGAAUUCAACCCGAAGUUGUCGAACAUCGGGCUCGACAAGCUCGGGCCUCCGACCGACAGCAAUAUGCUGGUGCCGUCGAAGAUAAGGGAAAACAAUGGUUACAACGCUCCGGAGUGUGUUAAUUCCGGUACCGUUAAUGCACAUACGGAUGUCUAUAGUUUCGGAGUUGUUCUGCUGGAGAUUAUCUCCGGCAGAAAAGCACUGGACACUUCCAAACCGGAGGAAGAGCAAAUGUUAGUUAAUUGGGCACAACCAAUAUUCAAGGAACCAAAAUAUUUCCCACAAAUGGCAGAUCCAUCAAUGAACAAAGAAUUCCCAGAAGGAGGAUUGAAUCAAGCUGUAGCAAUGGCGGCCAUGUGCGUGCAAGAAGAAGCUGCUGCUCGGCCAUUGAUAAGUGAUUUAGCUUCCGUCUUAGGUUUCCUCUCCGUCGCCAACCAAGGAAACAAUAUCCCCGAAGAUCUCUCUCCUUCCGUCUCAUCCAAAUUGAAGGCCCUCUCCGGUAAGAUUCAAGUCUCCGACGACGAUGACGAAGAAGCUUGGGGGAACUCGAACGAGGACGACGAGAGAAGUGAUAACGAAUCCGAUAACGAUGACGAAUGCGGCUGCAGUGAUGCAUCCUUGACAGGCAGCAGCAAUGCGGAAAAGAGUUUAGAUCAAAAACAGAGUCUAAAAUCGGACCGUUCUCUCAGCCACAGGAGUAGCAGGAGAUCGUCGAGUUUGUUAGGCAGUAGCCGUAAGAAAUCGAGGAGCGAUUCGUCUUGCAGUGACGAGGAGGAGGAGUCGAGCCGUAAGGGCAGCGACGCACCCAAGGGUAACCCGUAA